AUGGCGAUACAGCACAGCUCGGCGAAGAGGGCGACUCUCAGCGAGAUUUACGCCUACAUCACCGCCAAGUUCCCGUAUUUCGAGAAGAACAAGAAAGGAUGGCAGAAUUCGAUCAGGCAUAACUUGUCGCUGAACGAGUGCUUCGUCAAGGUGCCCCGAGAGGGUGGCGGCGAGAGGAAAGGCAAUUUCUGGACGCUCGAUCCGCAGUACGAAGAUAUGUUCGAGAACGGCAAUUACCGAAGGCGGAGACGAAUGAAGCGUCCCUACAGAAACGCUCCGUACCACAAACCGCUCUUCGGCGAUCCGUUCUCGGCGACCCACGUACAUCUGGGACCCAGGAACAUUUUCGGCCAUUCACCCCCUUCGUACGCCCCCACCGCUUAUACGCGAUACGAUACGAGCGCAUGGAGUCUCCAACAGUCGCAACUCUCAUAUAGCCAUUGCCAGUCGCUGCAGCCGCAAUUGCAGCCGAUGCAGUCGAUGCAAAUCCCGGCUAUGAACGGCUACAGUCAACUGGGUAGUUCGUUAAGUGAGUCACUAUUCUCGCACUUUGCACCCUCUUUUGUCGAGCGGGGUAACGCUGAACGACCAGACAAAGCGUUUCAAGGCAAUUACCUGGAUGUUCCAGGUGGAACGGCCGGAUCGCCCGGCUCCAUGGGCGGCGGCACGUUCGGCAGCAGUUUCGCCGCGUGCAGCAGGAGGCACGAAUCCGCGAUGGCCACGGAUACGAUGCCCGGGAGAUGCUACUGGCCCGAAAUGGUAAACGUGAAGGAGGAGCCCGGGACUAACACCGUGUCGACCAGCGUCGGCGUCGGUGUCGGCGUCGGUGGCGUCGGCGUCCCGUCCGGCAUGAUGGGCUCCGCGACGUCGUCGGGCGUCUCCACGACCGGAUUCGCGCCGAUGGAGUUCCAGACGCGUUCCAAGUGCUUUAUGUGAACGCGUGAGGAACCGAUCGACGCCGUCAAACAGCAGCAGCAGCGCUACGUGCCACGUGACGAAGCGACGACGCGACGUUGCGAGGAUCGAGGGACGAUCCUACGUGAUCUAUCGCGCGGCGCGUUAGAUCGCGACGAGAUGGAUUCGCUAUUCGACGAACGGUGAGCGAUGCAUGCGCGAUCCCGCGGAAACGCAUCUCUCGACGAUAAUGCGGUAUAAUGCGGAUUAUAUUCAACAAAUAUUAUCGACUAAUGUCUGAUAAUCGAUUUAGCGAUGUUUUUGGAUGGCCGUUCGCGAAAUCUAACCGCGCGGGGGGGAGGGAGGGGAGAAAUACAACCAAAUACAACGUAAACGUUUGUGAAACUCGUACGUGUAAUUGCUAUUGUUGUGUUAAUUCGAUGUUAAAGGUAUAUGUUACCUCGUGCUGCAUCUUUGCUGCGUAGAUGCGCUCGUUCACGCUCGUUAAAUACGUAAGCGACACGCAAUACGUAUACGAAGGUAAUCCGCGCUUAUCGUGGGAAAUAUUACGACACAUAUGAGAUACCUAUGAUGAUUUCUCUCGGCGAUCCCUGAAUCUUUUUCGCGAGAGUGACAGCUGCGAUCGCGCCCUGUCGCGGUCCCGAUCGGUCGCAGAUCGCCGCGUGAGAACGACACGCAGGGUGAUCGUGAAAGAUAAUCGUGAAAAUUUCUCGGUUUUACCCUCGUUUUUUCGACGAUGUAACACGUUUGAAAAUACCUCUAUCUUCGCACAUUGUUUUCGACUGCUAGACAGUAUUUAAUAUCUUGACGAGAGAGGCGAGAUUGUUCACUAUGGGGAGAUUGUUUACUAAAGGGAGUUUGUUCACUAUGGAAAUGAAAAAAUGAGAUAUCGUUUCCAUCGCGAUAGAACAGAAAACGCGUUUCUUUCUGGAUUAAUUAACACAAGUCUGCAUGAUUUUGUGGUCGGGAAGAGGAAAGUAUUAGGUUCCUAUAGUUUUUUUGUGCGCUGAAUCCGAAUUUGCAAGCAAAGAUGUCCUAUCGUCAGGUUUACGAGAAAAAUGAGGUUAAAGCCCUUAUGUUCGAAAUAAGCGCGCAAUACAGCGACAGCGACGCGGCGACCGCGGCGACCGC